AUGGCGACAGCGCAGGAGAAGAAGCUGCCUUUUGGCAAGAUCGAUCUCUAUUCCAGCAAGUAUUUCUACGCCUGUACUGUGGGCGGUAUCAUCGGCCCAACUCACACGGCCGUCACGCCUCUCGACCUCGUUAAAUGCCGCCGCCAAGUCGAUCCCAGCAUCUACAAAUCCAAUACUUCCGCAUGGCGCUCAAUCUUCGCCAAGGAAGGGCUUCGCGGCGUCUUCUUCGGCUGGGCACCAACCUUCGUCGGCUACUCCCUGCAAGGCGCCGGCAAAUACGGAUUCUACGAAGUCUUUAAGUACUGGUACGGCGAACAGCUCUUCCCCAAUAGCAACCGGACCCUCGUCUACCUGGGCGCCAGCGCCAGCGCCGAGUUUAUCGCUGAUCUCGCCCUGUGUCCGUUCGAAGCGAUAAAAGUGCGCAUGCAAACUUCCCUGCCGCCCUACGCACAUACCUUGCGGGAGGGGUGGACAAAGGUGGUUGCGCAGGAUGGUGUGAAGGGGUUGUAUAAGGGGUUGUAUCCGCUGUGGGCGCGGCAGAUUCCGUAUACGAUGACCAAGUUUGCGACGUUUGAGGAAGCGGUGAAUUUGAUUUAUAGGACGAUGGGCGGGAGCAAGGAUAGUUACAGUCGGUUGACGCAGACCGGGGUCAGUUUUGCGGGCGGGUAUUUGGCAGGCAUUCUCUGUGCGAUUGUUAGCCACCCGGCUGAUGUCAUGGUCAGUAAGCUCAAUGCUGAGCGGAAGGCUGGUGAAGGCGCGAUGACGGCCGUGUCCCGGAUCUACGGCAAAAUCGGCUUUGUGGGAUUGUGGAAUGGUUUGCCAGUGAGGAUUGCCAUGUUGGGUACUCUGACUGGUUUCCAGUGGUUGAUCUACGACUCCUUCAAGGUGUUCUGCGGCUUACCCACUACUGGCGGCCAUUAG